AUGGGCCACAUGCUUCUUUUCGUGGCACUGCCACGGGGGAACGUGCAGCUAAGCAACGUGAAACACGUCCUGAUUCGGCUAGACCUGAGGCAGUACAAGGGGCAUGUGAAAGGUGUCACUGUCAUACUAGAAGCGGUGGUUUCACAAGAUCUGUGGAUAUGGCAUUCUUUCUUCGGCAUGGAUGGUUGCCACAAUGAUAUCAACGUGCUUCAGGGUUCUCCAGUAUGCGGCGCUCGCCACGCGGCCUCCAUACUGCCACGCGCGCUCUCCCCGCUCCCUCUGCCGCUUCCACUGCCGCUUCCUCGCCCCGCCACCACCGCGCCACCAUGCUUCCGCGAGCGCCCCGGCGGCACCUACUACGCGGAGAUCCGGUUCGGCGACGUCCGCCUCGGCCUCGGCACGUUCGGGACCGCGCACGAGGCCGCCCGCGCGUACGACGCGGCGGCGUGGCGCCUAGAGAGGCCUCGCGCGCAGAUGAACUUCCAUGAUGUCUACACGCGCGAACAGACGCAGGCCGUCGCCCUUCCACCUCAUCUUAUCACGGACCAGGACCGUGCAGAGCACCAUCGACGGCAGCGCCGCCUCCUCAUCGCCGAGGAGGACGAGCGAGCCAUGGCGGAGUGGCGCUGGCGCCACCCGGAGGACGUCGCCAACGAGCGCGCCUACUGGGCAGAGAGGACGGCAAGGCGCCGCGCGGAGCGGGUGGACAGGCGUCGGCGGAAGGCACUGGCCAUAUCGCAGUGCGAUAUUGUUGAAGCAGGUGGGGAGUCGUUGUUUUGCUGA